CAAUCGCUGCUGCGUCCGCGAGCAAGAUACACCUCUACCUGUCAUUUUGUGUUAGUUGUUGGUGCAGUGAAAAGCUCAUUUACGACGUCGUUUAAAUUCCUUUGCACUGUAUUUCCUAAUGCACAAUUCUUGCUGUCGCUACUGUUCACAGGUAUCGGGAGUGGUGUUCUAAUUUCAUCCAACGAACAAGUGCAUUGAUCAUCACCGCUAGAGAGACUCAUCAUGUGACUUUUGCAAGUGGAAUUUGAAUUGUCGAAAAUGGCGAAGUGGCAUCGCAAGCAACAUCAUCGCUGUUGCCGUUGCUGGAUGUAAGACGCAAGAGAGCUGGUGGAUAACCAGAAGGUGGUUUUAGUGGUGUUAGAAGAAGAAACGAGUGCACUGUGGGGCGUGGUGGACGUGGAUUUUACUGUUGUGUUGUUCGAGUCGCGGAGCCCCUUCUGAGGGGGAAGAGUUCGCCAGCGCUUUUUUCGCCAAAAAAAGAAACGAAAAACAAGCAUCAUCCACAUACCAAGAGCCCGAAAACAACAACAGAUUCGGGAUUUGGCGAAAGCCGUUGGAAGCCAAGGAAGAGUUUGUUAAACUCACGUAGUGCAAGAAUUGACCACCUUCGCGCAUUGUUUAGUCGGUUAGGCCGGUGCAUAGGCAGCGCACCUUCUGUUUUCGGCUAUAUUCAUGCACACGCACGCGCACACACACCUAACUACCUACCUUCCCGCUUGCGUUUCGAGCUAGAAACGGUUACGCUGCUGUUGUUGCAACAAGAGUAUCAUCAUCACCGCAUUUGAAAGCCGGAAGUGCAGAACUGAACCCCACAAACCACAUCACCUGAGCGAUGCACCAGCAAUGGCCGGACUCAAACCGAAUAUCUACGCAGUGCUAGUGACCUGCCUAGGAUUCCUGUGUCUGGUGUUUAGUUCCUCGGCGAUAGGCAUUCCGAUAUGGGCAUACUAUGAGAGCCGAGGGGGAGAGGAUCGAGGAUAUUUCGGACCUUGGCAGAAGUGCCAAAUGCUGAGCUAUCGGGAACGAUGUGGUGAUGUGGGCCGAUUUCAGCCGUCUGGCGUGGUAUUCACCAGCGGUUUGAUGGCCGUGGCAGCAUGCGCCAUGUUCGGUAUAUUUUGCGUGCUGAGUAUCCUCCAGAUAGCGAUGAUUUCAUCCCGCGAUCGCAUCUGUAUGCAGUACACCGCUCUGAUCACGCUCAAGCUGAUACUGGUGGUGUUGGCAACAUUCCUAUCGCUGGCGGCAGCUGGUCUGUUUGCCCUCCAAACGGACGACGAUCGGUCCGGAUACCACAUCACACGGGGCGUCUCGUUCUAUUUGCAGAUUGUGACGGUGGCCCUUUCGUUGGCACUGCUGGUCCUAUCGUUGUACGAUCGAAUACUGACGAAGCGGCCCGAUGGUGAUCCGACGAUGUUGACGACGAACACGAAUGGAUCCACCACUUACAACAAUCCUGGCUUCCGAGAUGUUAAUGGCAUCGCGGUCACCGACGCCAGUGCUCGGCCCUACUCGGGCAUCAAUGGCAGCGUGCAAUCGGUAAGUACGGCGGUGACUACCGUGUCCAACGGAUCAACGAUCGGUUCGGGUUCGGUUACUAGAACCCCGCUCCGAUCGAGCCUUAAAAAGCCUCGACCACAAAACGCCGAAGGGUACGGCAUCCGGAAUCCGGGCUACAGCGAAAAUGGUACCGUUAAAAAGGUACGCAUUCAAACGCACAGUACAGAAGUCUGAGGGAGGAAUCGCGAAUGGGAGGGAAGGGAGAAUGACGGUGAUCAAGUGCAUUAUUUUUUAUUUGUAUUAGAGCGACAUCACAUCCGUCCAUAUAUUUUUUUAGCUACCUUGGUUUUAAGGUUUCCAAAGUUCUUACUUUGAAUCAAUUCCGUAUUAUCUUCUGUACGUACGAAGAGCUGUAGAGGAAAAAAAUAAUCUCGAAAUGAUCUAUACUUUUUACUUAUACUUAAAGUAGAGUACACCUAGAUCAGAUUUAAGUGUUAUUUAGUCAUAGUCAGUUAGAAAUUCGUAUGUUGAAACUGUCACUUAAAAAGUACUGAAUGUAAAUAAUAGCACUUCACAGAAAGCAGCAAUACAACUGUAAAAGACACAACUAAGUAAGAGAAGUUUAUUCGCGCGCAGCGUGGAAUUUUAGAUGUGGUCAUUAGGGGGGUUUAUUUAUGUGAGAAACAGACGGAAUCAAAGUGCACUUAACUGUUGCCUUAGCACGCGGCAAGCAAAUUGCAGCUUGUAGGAAUUAGGAUAGCAUGGGGAAAGUGUUAACCAUGGUAAGGCCGGUUUAGAGUACCCGUGAACGUGAACUUGAACAGGCGGUGGAAUAGGACGAUCAUUUCACGGUGAACUACAUUGCGAACAAACAAUUCAAAAAAUCGUGGUGAAUAGAAUGAUUUUGUUCACGUUCACGUUCAUUUUAAAAGUUCAACAGUGAACGUGAAGUAAAUAAACAUCGAUCUUCAAUAAAGUAAUUCGGAUAAAAUAUACAGUUGUUCACGAAUCAACCCAAACCAACGAAGUUUUUUAACCCGCGCAGAGAUCCGAUUGGUGGAAAUUGCAUCCAUAUCAAAAUUUUCAUUGAAAACUUGAGAAUUGCUAAACAUAUCCUUCCACAGUUCGCGGUGAAAUCAUUUUCAGAAUGCUUUGGGACAUUCGAACGUGAACAUGAACGUGGAAAUAUUUUGACGUCUAUAUUCACCACUGUUUUCUCGUUCACGUUCAUCGAAGCCGGUGAACUAUGGUGAGUUCACCAACAUCUCGAUUCCACGGUGGAAAUUCAGAAUUGUUGUGAAAUAUUGAAUUAAUUCAUUUUUAUCAAUAUGAAUUGUGUUUGAACAUGUUUUUCAACUAGAAAAUGUUUCUUCCUAUCGUUUCAAGAUGUUUUCCUCGCGUUUUAUAUAUGGACUGAUGAAUUAUUAACAAAAAAGUUUUUGUCCGCGUUCACGUUCACGGGAACUCUAAACCUACCCGUAGGGUGAUAGAUAUUCAUGAUACAAUGCUAACUUGAGUUGACCAUCAUUUUAUUUGAUCAAGUGUAAGUAUCGAACGAUAUUUUAGAGCAGCAAUAAUAUUAUUUUAUUGACCAUCAUAUGGACUAAUGUACAAUCAACACUCAGAAUCAUGAUAUUGUUAAACCUUAACAGUCUUCCAUAAACCAGAUUAGAUCUAAAUAUUUUCGAGAGGUAAUCAUAGUUUGAUUGUUUUGAAUCUAUGUUUCUUUAGCACGCGCAAUAAUAGAGUGUGAUUAGUUCCGUCCUGACGCGUGAUUGGGUGAGCAUUAGAAAUUCGGUCGUAAAUGUGUACGAAGAAAAAAGUACAUUAAAUAUUACUGUGAUUCAUUAAAAAUGAAUUGGUUUAAAUAAUGUAUAUCGAGAAGCAUGUGAACGUAAUA